AUGGCUGUCGCAACACCUCUCGAGCUGCCCGCCAAGUUCCUACGGCCUCUCUGGGCCUGGAUUGAAGCUACGCCAGUUCAUGUUCUCGUCGUCCUCUUGAUUGCGCUCAUUGCGCUCGCCCUCCUUGCCCUCUUCGCCCUCCUUCACCUCGUCGCGCCAAAGCCUCGCCCAGUCGUCGCGUCGGAAAAGAGAUAUAUCACCAGCCAUCCCGAGACCGGCCGUACACACCCUCUACCUCUGCCCUGCUGGUACGACCGCUGGCUCGCCGAGCGCCAGGCCAGCGAGCAGCACAUCCAGCCCGCCGAGGCCUUCCCAACCCCGGACGCCGGCAGCAUCGAACCCGCCGAUGUGCGCCUCAGUGUCGUCUUCCCAGCAUACAAUGAGGAGGCCCGCGUAACCCCGACCCUCGAAGAAGCCGUCGCUUAUCUUGACAAGCACUUUGGCCGUACUGCGCAUGCCAAGACAGACGUCACCAGCCCGACGACCAAGCGACACGUGCGCAACGCCCCCAAGGAGGAUCUCGGAGGUUACGAGAUCUUGGUAGUCGAUGAUGGUAGUAGCGACAAGACGGUGGAUGUCGUGCUCCAAUUCGCCAAGGACAAUGACCUCCAUGGUAUCCUAAGAGUCAUAUCGCUGGAGAAGAACAGAGGCAAGGGCGGAGCUACCACACAUGGAUUCCGACAUGUCAGGGGUGAAUACGUGCUAUUUGCCGACGCAGAUGGUGCAUCGCGCUUCAGCGACGUCGGAAAGCUCAUUGAAGGAUGUGAAGAGGUCGUUGACGGGUCGCACCGUGGUGUAGCUAUCGGUAGCCGCGCCCAUCUCGUCGGUAGUGAGGCUGUUGUCAAGCGCUCAGCCUUGCGAAACUUCCUCAUGCGAUCCUUCCAUCUCGUCCUCAUGAUCCUCACGCCCCCCGCGACAUCACGCAUUCGUGAUACCCAAUGCGGCUUCAAGCUCUUCUCGCGCGCCUCCCUCCCCCACAUCAUCCCAUACAUGCACACCGAGGGCUGGAUCUUUGACAUUGAGAUGCUUAUGCUUGCCGAGUCGGCUCCCGCUACCCCGGUCCUUGGCAGUGACGGCAGUGUUAUCGGCACCAGCCCAGGCAUCAAGGUUGCCGAGGUGCCCAUUGAGUGGCACGAGGUCGGCGGAAGCAAGCUCAACGUCAUCCAGGACAGCAUCAAGAUGGCUAUCGGCCUUGCGGUGCUGAGGGCAAGCUGGAUGAUGGGUGUGUACCGGAGGAGGUUGACAUGA